UAAAUUCUCAGCGUCGAUUUCCCCUUUCCCACCAACCGGUGUGGGACCCGCCCUUCGGGAUUUCACCUUUCUUUUGACUUUCCCGGCACCUUUCUCUUCCUUCCUCCCUCCUCCUCCACCUUCUCCUCCUUCUGCUUCUUCUCUCCUCUCUGCGACGAUCGGAUGCGCCGGUUCGAUGCUCCCUUCUCCCCGGAAUUCGUCGUCGUAGAGGUCCCGCGACAUGGCCGGCCAGUCCUCGUCUUACCCGAUUCUCUGCGCUUCCUUCAAUCAGGACAACAGUUGCUUCGUCAUCGGCACGAGGGAUGGCUUCAGGAUUUUCGAUUCCAACACGGGGAAGCUCUUGUAUGAACGGGCUGUUGGAGCUUUCAGCAUUGUUGAAAUGCUCUUUAGCACUAGUCUUCUUGCCAUUGUUGGAGCCGGAGAGCAGCCAUCUUUGUCCCCACGUCGCCUGGUUUUGUUUAAUACCACAAACGGAACUGCCCUUCGAGAGUUAAAUUUUCUAACUUCAGUCGUUGCGGUUCGCUUAAAUAAGAAAAGACUUGUGGUUGUCCUACAAGACAAGACAUACAUAUACGAUGCGAAUACUGUUGCAAUACUGGACACAAUCGAUACAGUGCCAAAUCCAAAGGGAAUCUGUGCGUUCUCUCCCAGUUUUGAUGGUUGCUUCUUGGCUCUUCCUGCUAGUGCGACUAAAGGAACUGUUUUGGUGUAUAAUGUCAAGGAGCUCCAUUCACAUUGUGAAAUAGAUGCUCAUCGUUCACCAUUGGCUGCGGUUGUCCUCUCAUCCACCGGGAUGUACAUAGCCACAGCAUCUGAACAUGGAACAAUAAUCAGAGUUCAUUUGGUCUCUGAUGCGAGCAAGUCAUAUAGUUUCAGAAGGGGAACAUACGCGUCAACAAUAUUUUCCUUGUCCUUUGGGCCAUCAUUGCAACUACCAGACAUUCUUGCCGCCUCAAGUUCCUCAGGAUCUGUUCAUAUUUUCUCCCCGGGUAUUGCUGUAAACCAAAGGAGCAAACGAUCAAAUAGUUAUCUUGGAGCAGUCUUACCUGAUUCUGUGAAUGAUGUACUCGAUGCAGCUCAUCAUCUUGUCCUCCAUGAUGCUACUCCGGCUGGAGUCAAAAGCUAUGCAGUGAUUCGCAAAGUAGAUAAGGAUCCCAAAACAUCUGCAUCUGAAUUUACUGCCUGUAGGGCAAUAAUAUCCAUCAUAACCUUCAACGGUUACUUCCAGGAGUAUAAACUAAGUAUCAACGAACAAAAUGAGGCCUCCUGGUCCCUGGAACGCGAAUUCAACCUCUUGAUGGGAAAUUCCAGGCCGUAAUACAGCACAGGGAUCUUAUGUGUUCUUUCCAAGAAUUCUUUGGAGCACAUGACAGGUUGGCAAAACUCAUGUAUAUGUCAGCUUCGCAGUGAGCUUUGUACCAAGCACGCUUCUCAUGCCGACAUCAACCAACAAAUACUAUGAAAGCAAUGAAGAAAGAUUAGAACAUACUUUUGUGGUCAUCAACUGAGCAAAGGGGUAUUUUCCGAGGUACUCAAGUGGAAGCAUGCCCAUUUGCGGUCCUAUAACACUCAAUAUGUAUAUAUCAUUAGUUUCUGCUAUCCAUAUCUGCUUGGGGAUUCAAGGUCUGAAGGUGUCCUUUAUUAGACUACUUAUCACGAAAGAAGACGAACAACCACGGUAUAUACGGUCUUUUUCGACUGCGUGGAGUCAGAAAAAUGUAUAUAGCAUACGGCAUCAUGUGACUUAACAAUGAUUGUCCUGCAUAAAAAUCCUUUCCCUCUUUCCCUC